CCCCUCCGCCUGGCGCACGCUUCGCUCCCUUCCCCGCCGCCCUCUCCGCCAAGCCCGGCUCUGCCGCAGCGGUGCGCGCCGCCAGAGGGGUGGGGGGGAAGCCGGCCGAGGCCACGACCACAGGGGCCGGGCGCAGCAGCAUCCCCGGCCCGGGCAGGGGGCCCCUCGGAGCCUCGCCCUCCGCCCUGCAGCCCCCCGCCUCCUCCGGGAGCCGGCAAAGCUCGCUCCGUCCCAAGCGCAGCCCGGAUCGCACCCUCCCGCGUCCCGGGCGGGCGCUUCCCCGCGGGGGCGCCGGGCUCCUCCUCGCGCGCUUUGCCAAUCGGCUUUUUGCUGACGGGUCCGGAUUUCCAGCCGCCCCCCCCCCCCCCCCCGCCGUUUCUAACGUGCCCUCCGCGGAGGCGAUGCUGCUGAUGCCGAAGUGAAGCCGAGCCCACGAGACCUCCCGGGGACGGCGCCGGGCCCUUGGGGGGACGCGCGGCGCGCCGCUUGGCCCCGGGUCCCAGUGGCGGGUCGUUCCGCGGGACCCGGACGCCGGGAGAAGGGCGCCCGCGCCCCAGUUCGCCCCGCUCUCUCCGGGCCCACCCCAACUUUUAUGGAGCCUCCCGCCGGCCGCCUCUCCUGCUUCUCCGCGCUCUCUCCGUCCCAGCGCCGCAGCGGGGCGAACGGGCCUCCGGCCGCGGGCCCCGGAGCGCCACCUGCCGCCGCAGGUCGCCCCCGGGCCGGGAGGGAUCCGCUCUCCGAGGCAGGGCCGGCCGCAUCCGGCUGGGACAUUCCAAGGCGCCCGGGACUGGCGCUAUAAAUACCCUCCCUGGCAGCUUCUUCCCCGGGAUCGUCUGUCUGCUGACCGCAGGAGGGGGGGGGGGCACCGCCGAGGGGACAGAGGAUCGUGAGCAGCGGGGCUUCGCCAGGCCGGAGAGGGGCGCGCACCCUUGAACCGAACCCCCCCAGCAUGGCCCUCUUGCACCCCGCUCGCCUCCUGGCCUGCCUUACCUUAGUGACGUUAUGCCAGGGGGGCUGCGUGGAGGUGGAGUCGCAUACGGAAGCCGUGCUGGGCCAAACCUUCAAGAUCAUAUGCAUCUCUUGCAAGAAGCGGAGCGAGACGGUGGCCGUGGCCUUCACCGAGUGGUUUUUCAAGGAGCAGGGAACGGAUGAGCUAGUCAAGAUCCUUCACUAUGACAGCUACAACAAGCUAGAAGUGAUGGACGAGCGCUUCGAGGGUCUGGUUGUGUGGAACGGCACCAAGAAAGUGCCGGAUUUACAGGACGUGUCCAUUUUCAUACUUAACGUAUCCUACAGUCACGCGGGCGAGUAUCUCUGCACUGUGAACCGCACGCUGAACUUCAACGAUGUGUUCUUCCACAACGUCAUUGUCAACAAGACGAUUCACAUAGGGGUGGUGCCUAAAGCAAACCGGGACAUGGCGUCCAUCGUCUCUGAGAUCAUGAUGUACGUUCUCAUUGUGGUCCUGACCAUCUGGCUGGUAGCGGAGAUGGUCUAUUGCUACAAGAAGAUUGCCGCGGCAACGGAAGCAGCUGCCCAGGAGAAUGCCUCUGAGUACUUAGCCAUCACAUCAGAAAGCAAGGAAAACUGUACAGGGGUGCAGGUAGCCGAAUAACCAUGCAGGACUGUCGGUGGAUGCAGGGAUGCCUGGUUGGCAGGAACGAGGCUUUGAAGGCGAGAAGAGGAGGGGGCGAGUGACUCAGCAGAAGCGUCGGCAGUCCCUGAGAAGCACUGAUCUGGAGCCAAGCAGCCUCAAACCCCCCCUCCGCCCUCCCACAGCACGGCCGUUUUGUUAACAAAGCAUGCUAUUUUUAAUAACAGCUGUAUACGCAGUCGCCCAGGGACAGACAAACGUGUCUUUCAAAUGGAAGGGUGGUUCCUCCCGAUGGGCACCUCACUCUUUCAGAUGGGCCCGCUCCUUCGCCCGCGGCGAGCCAGUGUCGCCCCUGCCGCAAUGCAUGACGGGAAAAGUGGGGCAUGGCUGCUUGCGCACGCAAUGCAAAAGCUUGGCGCGCCCCCCUUCCCCUCUCACGGCCCUUGCGGUGCCGGCCCUCGGCCUCUUUCCGUUUACGGGGACGUGUGCUUUCUGAUUUUUUGCACAUUUUCUUGCGCUUCGAGUUCUUUCGGUGACUUCGCUACCAGCACUUUCUGUGGGUCUGAGGAGAGGAGGCCCAUGCAGUUUCAGUGACCCGUGUCUUCCUUUACCCCCCCUCUACACACCUUGAGUUCAUCCUCUACCUUUGUGUCUUUGCUCCCCACAGAUGGGAACAGAGAAAAGGGUUCAAGAUGGCAGCUGCCUUUGUGGUUCUAAUGGCUGACCCCCAGAGGGAACGCUGUGUUUCAACAUUGCCACAAAAGCUCUGUUGUGUUCUUGUAGGGUAGAUCUCUAUAUACUACUAUCUUAAGAGGAAUCAGUAACUCGAUUUUCUGACAGAUUUUCCCUUCAAGGGUAUCACUCUGAUGGAAGGGGCGGGGGCUUCUUAGUAAAGAGAGAUAGAAAUGUGAUCAGAGCUCUUGAGGGUGUCUGAAAUUUGCCACUGUCGCACUCUGCCCCCCACCCCGGCAUCUCUAGUGGGAAUUUGCUCUCCAAUCUCAGGACAGAUUGGUUCCUUCUGGCUCUGUUCCUGUUCUCUCCUCCCUCUGGAAGCAUUUCCUUCCCAGAACCAGCCUGUGCAAUAUAAUUUGGGCUCCUGGGAGACCACCAUGCCCUCUCCUCUCUUCAGACCCCGGGUCUGGUCUCCAGGACCAGACUACCUCACGAUAGAAUAGGGUUUGUUCACAAAUAAAGAUGAUUGGAUUUCA